AUGGCCCAUAAUUGCUGGCGGAAGUAUUAUCAAGCCAGAUUCCAUCUGGGUGAAACACAAGCAUUCGCAUGUCGAACUUGUAACCAGAUAUUCUACUCGCACGCGGACUACGCAAUGCAUGAAUGUAAUGAUCAUAAACUGUGCUUUACACGAAAAUACCGCGAAGUGGAGGAGGUUUUGCCAAUCUAUUACCCGGAUCAUUUUGACUUCUAUGUGGCUUGGGCAAGAAGAGUCGAUUGGGAAAGCAAGCCACAUGAACCUGACUGGCAAUGCGCGAUCAGGUGCAGCAAAUGUAGCAGUAAAUUCAAGUCAAAAAUCAAUUAUCUGCUUCACUCGUGCUUCCAGUUUGCUUUGCUUCCUCCAGCCGUCAUUCGACGUUUGAAAACCUGCAUCAAUUGCCGUUAUGUGUUUCUCAACGAGCAACAAUAUGCCCAACACCUGCCUUAUUGUCGUGAAGAUCGCGCAUUCUGCGUCGAUUUAAACAUUAGUCUGACAGAGCUAGCUUGUCAACAGUUCGUCCUAGGACGACACUGUUACGAAUUUGAUUACCAUUUGCAUCACGGAGCUUCAUUUAAACAGCGGGAUCCUGGGAUUCCCACCGGUGGCCCACCACUUUCGCCUACCCCAACACCUCCGGGACCGCAACUUUCGGUCAAUUGUUUCGUUUGCGGGUUCGUACAGCCAAGUCUUGUUGAAUAUUUCUACCAUCCCUGUGUGGCUGGCAAACUCAUCACUCCAGCACAUCUGGAGCUAAUGCUUUUCUGUACGGAUUGUCAUUGUCUAUUCACAUGUCUAGAAGAUUGUGUGGAACAUGGCAAAUCCUGCUCCGCUCUUAUUUUUACAUUUGUGCGUCUGAAUACGCCGGAACUUAUUCGACUUGCGUUAAAGCGCUGGACCAUUGAAGUCGCAUCUAAUCCUUAUCUGCCUGCACGUCAAACGAAGUUUAUGUGCGGUUGUUGUAAAGAGAUAUUCCGGUGGUUCGAUCUGUUCUUAUCCCAUCCGUGUCCGAAGCGGGAACGAUACGAGCGAUUAUUUAUUCAACCCUCAGCGUUGCUUGAAACGUAUACUUGCCAUGCCUGUCAUCUUGUCGUAUUUUCAAUAUCUGAGGCAGUGAGUCAUUCAGCUCGUUGUUCGAUCGGUGAGAGACCACUCAUGAUCCAGGUUCACUACAGUCUGGAUGAACUGAUCACUGCGUUGACUCCAUGGAUGCGUGGACCCCAACUACUGCAGUUCGAUAUCAACAUGGGCUUGGGUGACUGGAAUGAAGAGAUGGUAUACCGAGCCGAAGAGAAUCGAAUUGCCAAGGGAAUUUACAAAGUCGGAUGUUUGGGUAAAUAUAAGGGCUCAAAAAGCGCUUCAAUGAAGAUAAGCCAAUGGAUGGAGAGUUUGGAAGAAAAAUCGAAACUCUCCAUGACUACAAGUACGAAAUCGGAUGUAUGCUCACCCAAGGAACCGAAACCAACAUUAACCGGUAUUCAAAUCAAUCCAUAUGCUCCAAGCCAUGGUUUGAAACCAAUAGCACUACCAAACUUGCAAUGGAAUCAACGAGUGUGCUAG